AUUAUAUUUAUUGUAAUAUCAACGUAUUUGCCUUCUUUGAACAUUUUAGAUGAAGUUACAUUACUGUUCGUGGGAGAUAUUUCCUUUGCUGGCCCCAUCAAAUACUAUGUUGACCACAAGUACCAUACGUACAAUGAUACUUUCAAUGACGUGGCUCCAUUCAUCAGAGAGGCGGACAUUUCAGUGGGUAAUUUGGAGUCGCCAUUUGCCAACCAACAUGUUCUUAAUCACCUUUACCGAGGGAGAAAACCAGUUUUGCUAUAUGCCACUCCUAAAGCUGCAUCAGCGCUCAGGUGAAAAUCAUAACGGAAACUGGUAAAGUUUAAAUUUACUCAAGGAAGAAAUCGUUUUUAAAGAGGCCUCCACAGUUAGCACAAGCUUCCGUUAAUCUGCAUGGAAAAUUUCUUGUGUUACGAAGAUUCUAAGAAAAAUUUGUGAAACAAGAACAUAUGGGAAAGUAAGAAAAUUAGAAAGGAAUACAAACAAAAUGAUAUUUGAAUUUCCCGUAACACGUCUGCCACUUUUAUCAUCAGACGCUGAAUAAUUCUUUUAUGUCCUAUAAGGGCACAUCAUCCAAAAUGGCGGCGCGUAUAAAAUUCCAGCUUAAAUAGAACCCGUACCUUUUUUAUGUCAACAGAGUUUAUCUCCAAAGUUUGUUUUUAUAAUUUAAGGACGAUUUGUUCUACAGUGGAGUUUUCCUUUAGAGGGUGCAGAAUUUUGUAAUUUCAUUCUACUAUGAAAGUGCGGGAUAAUGCAUUUGAGCUCCUCUUUUCGUUCGAGCUGCAUUAAACCAACAUCCAACCCAUUUGUGCCGUAAGUAAACCGUUCAACGAUAUAAAGAGAGUCUAAAGCUGACGAGCAUAAGUUUUUAGUUAUUCCCUCUGACAACGCUCGAAACGUCAGCUUUAUAAACUCUUUACGGUGGCCAAUUAACAUCGUCAACUCAGUCGAUCAAACCAAAUCAUCUUGUUAUAUCCUGCCACAGACAAAGCAGCGCAGUUUCUUUAGAAAUUUACCCCCUUUAUUCAUUUUUAAUAACAUUCAAUGACUGUGAAUAAAAUUAUAUGAAAAUCAUAUAUGUGAGCUGCGGUUUUUACACUACUUAAGAAGUGGUGAAAAUAAGGCCUGUGCGGGAUUUGAAAAUUUAUUUUCGGUAUUUGAAAUUUCUGUUCGCCUUAUUUUCACUACUGCUUAAGUAGUGUUCAUCACUGCCAAGAUCGCCUUCACAUUCAGUAUCGAUUCUUUUCAUACCGUCUGUUGUGUCUCGAGAUGAGCAACAGCUGGAAGAAAUGAUUCUAUGUUCAAAAUAACAUUUGAAUCUAAGACUGAUCUGAGAUCAUUAUCGUAAGGUUUGCAUUACAUCAGUUAAAAAAAUAAAACAAAACAAACUACAUCAAAAAAUUAAUAAAUAAACAGGUGCAAAUACAUUAAUUCCGCCCGCCUAUUGCUUGUCCUGAAGUGAAUCUGAUCAAUACUAAUUAAGUAAAUCCCAAACUAAAUUUUAAAAAAAUAUAGUAACAAAUUUCAUUAAUACGAUAAAAGAAUUUCAUAACAUGGAAGAAUAUGAAAGUAACUUGCGAAAUAUUAUUUUAGCACCGUCUUCAGCCAUCUCAGAAGUGAGGACCUAGUCUGAAUUAUUCGUUUGCAAUGAGAAGUUUUCAAGCCUAAUAGCAGGGUAUAUAUUACACAUACCCGAUAGUUAUACUCUUGGAUCCUCCACGCAGGUUUGCAGGAUUUGAUGUCAUGACUAUUGCCAACAAUCACUUGAACGAUUUAGGCGGUGUAGGAGCCAAUUUUACCACUGAAGUCCUGGAAAAGACGGGUAUAAAGUAUUUUGGAAUAAGUUUGGGAAAAUAUGACUCCUCUCAGGUACACUAACGGAUUGUUUUAAACCCCGUUUUCCUGGAAACGAGAUGAAAGAAUAUUUAGCGAAAGCAUGGAGAUUUAAUCUCAAACUAAUACAACUAUGUUACAUGUGUUUAACAUUUUAGACAUUUUUGCUAAGCUUUCAAUGUUGAAUAAAUAUCGUGUGACCUGGAUAUUAUUAAUAACCGAAUGGAUUUGUGAACAGCAAGGGAGCGUCUAGAAGAGUGCUGCAAAUCUUUCCAACGAGACGUAUACUGUGUAACCAUCACAGUUAAUGAUUAUUUACCCGACAGGGUUUAGGAAGGUGUCAUAACUGUCGGUCGGCUUAACGGGCGAUUCACAAUUUAUCAAUUUAGACAGGUGUACUGUAGCUCAUUUGCAACAUUUGGGUACUCUUAGGGCCAGUACACAUUGAGGCCAGGGAGAGGUUGUUAGCGCGCUUGCAAAUGUAACGUGAACGCAACCUUGGCUAGGUGGGUUAUUGCAUCUUGAGAAGUUUGAGGAAAAUUGGGAAUGCCUUUGACAGGGUUACCUUCCACAGCAGACCGGGUAAUCCGGCUAGGCGGGUUUCUCCAGUUACUAUGUAAACAUGAUCAAGAUAAAAUAAGAGGUUAUAUAUAUGAACAGACAGGUCAUCUGACCUACCUAGGGUCCUCCACCUCAAUAUAAACAAGCCCAUAUUAAAUUCCAUACAGCAGUAUCUCUCGCUGUUAACGUUACAUUUACUCCUGUUAGAUCUUAACAGAUACAUCUUAAACCAGUUUUAAGCUGAUAUCAAUAUUUUUGUUGUCAUUUUUUAGGAACCUCUCAUUAUUAAAAGAGACAGAAUCACUAUAGCAUUCCUCGGUUAUUGUGCAAUACCCUCCACAAAUAAAAACUGCAGCGAAAUGAGGAAGUUGUUCAACUCGGGUCCCGCCAUUUAUCAAGAUGAUAUCGCUACUAGAGACAUCAGGAGGCUAAAGAAGGUUAUACUCAAAUUUAAUAGCUUUAUGAUUAUCAGGGUAGUUUUUAAUUGAGUGUCGAAACUGAUCCAGGAUUACUCUGGUUUUGCUUUACUUCGCUUUGUGAUUGGUCCAAAAAAUUUGCGCCUCCUUUUAACCGACGAGAUUCAACUUCAAUCAUGAUUUAGUUAUCAGCAUUUACCUGCGUUUCAUGCAGGUUACCUGUUUAUAUUUUGUGUUCUCGUUAGGUAAUAAUGAUGUUGAACAUCGCUCAUAUUGACUGUUGUGAUACCUUUGGUUUUAGUAAUCCGAAACUCAACUGAAAACUACACUAACUGAAAGUUAAGAAAUAAUUUAUUUAUCCUUUUGUUCGUAGAAGGGAAAGGCUUAGAAUUAUAAAUGACAUAAUUUUCUUCUUAAGCCAGCUUAACGUAGCAUUUAGGUAAAGAAUGAGUUAUUAUUCAAAUUGUGAAAAACUGUAAACAAGAAGAAAAUGCCAUCUUCUGCGUGAUAGAACCUGCGGCUAUAGUUAGUAGUUGGACGUUGUUACCAACCUGGCCGAACUAAGGUAGCCACGUAUUAGGAACGAGAUGAUCUUUGGUUGGCUUGCAAAUUUAACCUGUGCGGCUAAAAACAUAGUAAUAAUGAUAAUAUCGAUAAUGAUGAUGAUAAUAAUAAUAAUAAUAAUAAUAAUAAUAAUAAUGAGAUAUAGCAGUGGACAUUCCACGAGGUAGCUUUCUUGUCCACUGUUUCCUUGUCGAAUUGGAAUUUAGAAUGUUGAUAUUGUGGAGGAAGGAAAACCGGAGGACCUGGAGAAAAGCCCUCGGAUCAGGGUGAAAACCAAAGACAAACUCAAGUCAGUGUGACAAUCUUCACGAUGCUGCGCCAUCCCUGCUCCCCGAAACAAUUUAUUCAUAAUCCACUUCGAGUUUUAACUUGAUUUCUGUGCAGUUCAUAUCAUCAUCUUUUAUUUGAAUACAAUAAGAAUCUAUCCUUCUAGUCAUUCUAUAACACGCGUAUUGUAUAGUUAUGCUUUACCUCAUGUUUUGUUUUUUGUUUUACUUCCAUAGGCCAAAGUUGACAUUAUAGUCGCUUUCAUGCACUAUGGUGAAGAGCUCACUUUAGGACCCGUCUCCUCCCAAAAGCACAUAAACAAACACCUGAUGUCUCUUGGGGUGGAUAUGAUCAUUGGAGCUCAUCCGCACGUUCUUCAGGAUCACUGUCUUCGAGAUAAUAAACUUAUCGCUUACAGCUUGGGGAAUUUUCUUUUUCAUACUAACCAACCACCAAGUGCUGUUGAUCCGGUAACGCAUUCGUAUGGUUCAACCAGUGACUACAAGUACCUAUUGACUGAAUGGAAAGACCGAGUGGGAAAAUAUUUGGGUGGUUGACACGACGUAAACAACUCGCCAUGCCCGAUCCUUACGACCUCUCCCCAAAUAUUUCAGUCUUUCUCGAGUAUGGGAAAAGAAAAAAAUAUUAAACGUCUCGUGUAAUGAUUCGAAAGUCGGACGUUCCUAUUUAACACCGAACAUCCAAAUGAAAGGAAGGGAAUUCUUCAAGCCAGGCCAUACUAAGUUCAUAUUUGGCAAACUAGCUUCGAGGAUACUGCUUAGAUCGGCAAUAUAGAAAGGGGCUUUUUUCAUGCAAAGAUGUAGUAAGCAAGGUGAAAGGUUUUAAACUCGCUUUUGGGAUAAAUAUUUGAAGAGAUACGUUUUACCUCUACCUACUGCUAUAUUCCAAAGAAAAUUACUCUUUCAACAUCAUACAUAAUUUAUCAUUUCCUUGCGUUCAUUUCCCUUUUUUUCAUACUUCUCUUUUUCCGUUUUCUUCAAUUUUUUUGUUUUUUUUUUUUCUUUUUUGUACUUGUAUGUUUAUCGUUUAUUUUCCUCGCUCCUACUUAGUUUUUUUUUGCAGGCUUGACUAAAUCCUCUGACGGUACUUCCAAGUUUCUAUAUCCAUGUUCAAUUUGUUUUUCAGAACGUUUACGGUAUGUUUGGCAAGAAACCCAAUAAACAAUUAAUUAAGAAAUAUGAGCACUUUGUCCUUGGGAACCGCGACGCGUUGAAACUAUCCCGGAUGCUUAAAGUCACCGUUUCAAGGUAUAGUGCUACUUUGCAUCUUAUUUUCCAGGGCUUCUUUAAACCACAAUCAAAUUUUUCAUCUUCAAGCAUCAACUUAAACAAAAAGAAAGCGGUGGUCUGGCAUCUGAAAGAUGCAUUAAUGUUAGCUGCUAUGAUACCUUUGUCCAUGAAGAGAAAUCUGAAGAAUACGUGUAGGGGUUAAAGAGUGAUACAGGAAGAGUGAGAUAGUUAUGAAAAAUGUGAAUGGUUGGUCAUUAUUGAAAGGCGGAUAUGACAUUCGAGUGUCAAAGAAGUUCUUUGGAUGUUUCACUUAAGCAGUCUAUGUCUGUAAACUGUUGUCAGCUAUAGGCAGUGAAAAGAAUCAUCAAUCGUUGAUCGGACAUUAUUUGAGUAUUUUGGGUCCGAAGGAAACAAAUAACGUUUUGGUUAAAAGGGUUGUUUCAGUUAAAAAAGUGCCAAAACUUACUUUUAAGUAGAAUAACAGGGCUUUUUUUUAAUCGAGUGUCAAAUUCGUGAAUACAUGUACAGAACAAACUUAUUUUUUGGUGAUACAGAAAAAUAUAAAGGUAAUAAAGAUAUCAUACAAAGAAAAAAAAAUGUCUGAAAACGAGAGAAUACGAAUAGUUGAUAUUCUUUUGAUGAAAACUGGCAAAUGGAUCUGGAACAAUAGCUGAGAUGUAAUAUGAGACAGCAGUACUCUGGAUGUCUUUGUACAUCUAACUGAAACAGCGUGUUUUCAAAAACAGCGAUAUUUUUAAAUGAGACUUUCUCGCGAUUUUGAUCGGAAUAAUCAGUUACAAGCAAUCAUUUUCAAUAAGGAGAAAAUAGUUUGUAUAUUUUCAAUUUCUUUCAGUUUCAUUCAAUCGUCUCUCUUUAUAGGAGAGGCGUCGUGGGAGCAAAGUAUCUUCCACUGAAAGUCGCUUUCGAUGAAGAAAAUAAGCGACUGCAUCCUGAACCCACAAAGAACGCAAAAUGGAUCACUGUAUGCGGAGCUGAAGAUCAACACUGUAAAUGUCUCAAGAAUUAG